CUCCACGGGGCAAUCGCAGCACUCUACACACAGAUGCUGGUAAACAACAUCGGAGAAUUUCAAAUCAAAACAACAACUUUACUCUCCGCCAUCAAGUGACGACUGUUUACAGUUAUGCUGUUUGUUUGGGUGUUCGUCUUUGUGUCUGGGUUUGUCUGGCUGGCUGAUGGAUCAUGUUACAUCAUGCAGCAACCUCCUAGAAAUUUAAACGGCUGUGUGGAUAAAACAGGUCAAGUCAUCGGUUUUAAUGAAACAAAGUUCGACUACAAGGCUUGUUUUUAUUGUUAUUGUGGACGAGGUGCAUUACAUUGUUGUGGAUUUGGCUACAAUGCGGGGAUCAUGGAACGACAAGGCUGUACUUUGAAGAGAUUGUCUCGCUGUGAUUAUACGUUUGUCAGUGAUGAAGACGGUGUUUCACAGUGUACGCAAUAGAAGAUUACACUAAUUGGAAUAGAACUUUAUAAAUAUGUGGGUUAAUAAAGAACUCACUUAUGCACUCAUUUGUCACAAAUAAAGCAUUUAUACUGAUUGAUUGAAAA